CCCCGGCCAAAUCUUCAGCCGCUGACGCCUCAGCUGGACCUCGUGAACUUGACAACUCUCAACAAUCCUAUUGUACUGCUUGCUCUCUCCACCUCAAUUGCAUCCCUUCUCGGUCGUCGCACGAGACUCAACGUUGCGCGAUCCAUUUUGUGGACACUCUUGUUGCCAGCCUUGCUGAUUGGUGUUGCCUAACGAUGGUAUGCUUGUCUCGGAUACUGGGAGUGCUAAUGCGGACAUACAAGCAAUCACAGCAAUACAGUUGCUAUGGCCUAUUAUUCCUCUGAGCCAUGGGUUGACCCCGAGUACGACAAGUCGUUCCUUUCUGAAAAGAUCGGACCUACUUCGAAUACGACCCACCCUACGAUACGUCGCAAAGGUCUGAAGACUUUCCCAAGCAGCAAAUUUAUUGUACCAGAAAACCCUAUGGGCAAUGGUCAGGACUUUCCGGAUUUUCACAAUACUUGGGAGUCCCCAUAUGCACCUGGAUACAACAAACCCCUGGAGAAACCAAAAUUCGACAAAGACGCGACGAUACAGUCUGCAACUUCGAGCGGGAUCUCAGUGCCUUGCGGGUUUGCAUUCCUAGGCUGCGAGUACAAGUCGUCAAACUCUCGUGGCGAUUGGACCUCUCAUACGUUGUCACAUCUCAAAGACGUCCCACCUUUGCACGUAUCCAUAUGUCAUGUACCUCAAUGCCCUUUCGUCGGUCAAGCCAAUGAGCAUCCCAAGAAUGUCUGGAGCGACCGUUUAGAUCAUUGCUGGUCACACUUUAUUGCUGGACACCCAUUAGAGGAAUUCUUGCAGAAGAACAGACUUCUUUACUCUCAAGGUACCCUUCGAGCCUAUCGGUAUGGAUCGUCGACUGAAAAUGGAAACGUAUUCAGGAAGCUUGCUACUUUGAGAGAAGGGGUUGUUUGCGAGGACACGAAGAAGAAACGGAUGCUAUAUCCGAAGAUUGAGCCACAGGUCGAGGACAUAAGAGAGAAAUCUCUGGUUCGUCAUGGUCAUUCCCAGUUGGUCAAAGCCCCUCCCAAGAGAGCGCUGUCCCCAAGGAAAUCUCUGCCAUAUGAUUAUGGCAAGGACAUGAAAUAUGAAGUACCGUGGAGCACACGUCAAUCCGUCCCGUCCGAGAGUCUUUUUUCAACUACUGAAUCAUACCGCUCUGUGAAUGGUAAGAGUGUAGCAACCUCGGAAUUCUUCCUUGACAGUGCUUCGAUUCCGGACUCUGUGUCUGAAAUACUUUCGGUUGCAAACUUAACUUUGGAAGAGCCACAUGAAACUACACAGACCAUAUCUGCGGAUCAUGAUGUGAUCAUGGAAAGUCAAGGAGAAUGUCUGACACCCGAGGAAUCUGACAAGGCGGCGCCAAUCUCCUCGCCUGCGUCGGCAAGAACCUCUAUCAUGGAAUCAACGUGCUCAGAAGACGAGACAGAUUGGGAUGGAGAGAGCUCAGAAGGUUCUGCUGCAGCUUUCCAGGAUGCUGUUGAAGACCAAUUGCUCGUGAAACACAAACUCACGUCUGCUCAGGCCGACUUGGUCAAUCGUCUUAUGAAAGAGUUCUGGGUUCUUUUCCAUCAACGCUGGAAAGCUCGAACCAAUCAACAUGGUGCAGCACAAUCCGAAACUUCAAAUACUACUACAGCGACAGCUACAGCAACGAGCUCGAGCUCUAUGCUUCCUCCAACAGGGUGGGCAUCUGUCAAGGCAAUGAAACGAUCUCGGAGUAAUGAAGAUGGAGAUUCUGAGAACGAAAGAGACAGACCUUCCAAACGGAAAGGAAAGGAACCUGCGUCUAUAGACGCCUCGGAAGUUGCUCUGAGGUAUGCAUGUCCAUACCGGAAGCACAAUCCAAGAAAGUACUCUGUGCAAGCCUGGCGCAGGUGUGCUCUCACUCCACAUACUUCUGUAGCUCGCGUAAAAGCGCAUUUGUAUAAAUACCAUACCAUCCACCAAUGUCCACGGUGUAAGAACCUAUUCCCAGAUAUUACUGGCUUGGAAGAACAUACACUAGCACCGGAUUCUUGUCUGGUGCAAGAAGCGGAGCAAGUCGACGGCAUCACGACCAAGCUACGACAACAACUGCAAGAUCGAAGAAAAGCCUUCCCUGGUCAGACAGAGUCCGACAGGUGGAUCCAGAUUUUCAAAAUCAUUUUCCAACCGGGAGAAGGCGAUGAGAUUCCAGAUCCCUAUUUCGAAGACGUCCGAGACACGGAACCAGAACCACCAUUGUCGCCCGAAUCACGAGUAUUCGCAGAAUACGAAGGCCACUUCCGUCGUGAACUACCCCGCCACUUCCAACACAUCCUCGAAACGACCAUAAUCAGCGAAAUGCAGCCCAUCGAAGGAAGAAUCCGACAACAGUUUAUGGCUAUGCUCGAAGAAGCACAAAAUCGCACCUUGUCCAGCUUUCGUGCUAGAUUCAGACCAGCUGAGACCCCUCUCGAUGGAGAGGGUAUGAGCUCCACGCAACAAGGAGAAAGUUAUUCGGAGAUGCUGGAGGCAUCGCAUCGCCCUUUAUCUGGCGUUAACUUUGAUUCUUUAUCGGUAUUCAACAUCUCAGACCCAGUCCCUGAUCCCUUAAGCGUCAAAGACGACAAUCUUCAAGAUUCGGCCUAUAUCUCAGAUCCACCGCAAGCGAGUUCACCUGAAGACAAUGCUUCCUGGAAUAUGGUCAGCGCCGUUUCCGACCACGGUUCCAAGCCAUCCCAAGAUGCCAGUGACCCUGAAUACCAUGGUUAUUCGGAGCUUCAGGACCUCGAUUUCUCUAGAGCCCCGGUUGACGAUUUUCUUGUUGCACAUGAAGCUUCAAUGGAAAAUGAUCCUCUUCUGUUUGAUGAUGUCUUGUGGGCACAGAUCGACCAAGAAGCAUUACACGAUGUGAAAGGUUGAGAGAAUCUUCAAGAUCGGUCUAGAAUGCUCUUCACUCAAUGUGCUUGUUGAAUAGCGACUUUAAGAUCAGCUAUUGUCGGGAAUGAUGCUGGAUGUAGAUAUGAUACAGCAAUUGUAUGUCUAUAUGUACAAGAAUUGAGGGAGAAAUUCACGUCGAUUGUUGAGGCAAAUACCGCUGUCGGACUCGUUUAUGCCAUC